GUCUAGAACAUUAAUAUGGGAUAUUCUGAGAACAUGGUAACCACGUUCUGGGUAAGUUAGUUUUGUUUGACAUUUAAAGGAAUGCUCUCCUAACUCUUAAAACCUCUUGGAACUACCGCUCCCGGAUCCGGGAGAAUUGUCAUCAACUGACACUAAUUAGCAUAACGCAACGGACAAAAAAUAUUACUAGAAAAUAUUCAUAUUCAUGAAAUCACAAGUGAAAUAUAUUGAAACACAGCUUAGCCUUUUGUUAAUCACCCUGUCAUCUCAGAUUUUGAAAUGAUGCUUUACAGCCAAAGCAAGACAAGCAUUUGUGUAAGUUUAUCGAUAGCCUAGCAUAGCAUUAUGCCUAGCUAGCAGCAGGCAGCUUGGUCACGAAAAUUAGAAAAGCAAUCCAAUUAAAUCGUUUAUCUUUGAUGAGCUUCGGAUGUUUUCACUCAUGAGACUCCCAGUUAGAUAGCAAAUGUUCCUUUUUUCCAUAAAGAUUAUUUUGUGUAGCCGAAAUAGCUCCGUUUGUUCUUCACGUUUGGCUGAGAAAUCGACCGGAAAUUGCGGUCCCGACAACGCCGAAAAAUAUUCCAAAUUAGAUACAUAAUAUCGACAGAAACAUGACAAACGUUUUUUAUAAUCAAUCCUCAAGGUGUUUUUCAAAUAUCUAUUCGAUAAUAUAUCAACCGGGUCAGUUGGCUUCUUAGUAGGAGCGAGAGAAACAAUGUCUAUUAUGCACAUAUCACUCUGAGAGCCACCAGCUGACCACUGAAGCAAUGUUGUCGCUCACGCUCAUUUUUCAAAAUAAAAGCCUGAAACUAUGUCUUCUGACCCUUGACACAUUAGGGAAGCCAUAUAAAAAGGAAUCUGGUUGAUAUCCCUUUCACUGCUCAUAGGAACGCAUAGGAUGCAGAGGUUUCUAAAUAAGAGUCACUUCCUGAUUGGAUUUUUCUCAGGCUUUCGCCUGCAAUAUCAGUUCUGUUAUACUCACAGACAAUAUUUUUACAGUUUUGGAAACUUUAGAGUGUUUUCUAUCCUAAGCUAUCAAUUAUAUGCAUAUUCUAUUAUCUGGUCCUGAAAAAUAGCCUGAUUACUUUGGGAACGUUAUUUUUCCAAAAAUGAAAAUAGUGCCCCCUAGUUUCAAGAGGUUUUUAACACCAAAACAUGUUAAAUAGGGUCUCAGGAGGUUUUUGCUACAUACAUAAAAUGUUCACCUAACUAACAGAAAACUGGACACUCAAACAUCAGGGGAACAUUACAGAAAAGUUCUCUCUGUUAGCUGGGAAUAGUCCUCUCUCCGCUUCCUCGUUCCGAUCAUUCCGAGGGAGAAAGGGUAUUUUUCUGCCUGUUUGACUGUAGUACAGUAGCAUGUAGUGUCCUAAUUUCAUGGGAGGGCAUCAACCAAUUAGCCAAUCAACCAACCACUCAUUCAAUCAAAUUUGGAUUCACACUGGACCUUUUGCAAAUGCAUCUGACCAAAAAAAGGCAACCUUGUGUCAACCCCCAAAGGGCAUUGACAAGAUAAAGCUGUGUUUGCCAGUCCUGGUCAAUGUGUGUCUGUACCCAUACUGUGAAUAUUACUCAAAGGGACGAGCAGAGGCCCCAUUCAUGGAACUUUAAGGGCAUCAGUCAUUAUGAUUCUGGUCAAAAGCAGUGCAUUCUAGGGUGUCACAUGCCCUGUAGGUCAUGUUGGUGUUUUUCACACAAACAGAUAUGAGAAUGGAGCAAGUGGAACUUGUCGUCUUGUUUAAGAAACUCAUCCCUGAGCUGACAUAGAAAAAAACUCAGUCAAAUGUCAACCCCUAAAAACACGGGGUCUCUUUUUUCGGGGAGAAAGACUCUGGCCUAUGGUCAAAACAGGGAAGCAGGCUAGGCUCCUCUCAUGUGAAUCCAGACUGAUUACAGACCAGAUGGUAUUAGGCCUUUUUAUAAAGAGCAAAUGAGGCUGAUUUCAGUUGCACUGUUGUUGUUUUGUUUUGUAAAAGUAUAUUUUAGACUGUAUUUUUUUAUCUUUCCAUUCCCGAAUAUCAUAUAUCAAUAUGUAUUUUUCUGAAGUUUGAUGCCAUUUCCUGGUGGUUUGUAUUCUGUAAUCAAUAAACUGUGAAGGAACA